AUGGGCUCUCUCGGCAGCUUUCUCGUCAUCUACGCGCUCGGGGGACUCACUUUCUUCCCUCUGAUUCUCACAUUGACCCUCCUCUUCGCCUACCUGACCCUUCCGGAUGCUCCAACCUCCCAACCACCAUGCGACCGAGGUUCCGAUGCGGUCCGUCGACCCGGCGACGAUGAGUAUAGCUUGAAGUCUGGUACGGAUCAGCUGGCAGAGGAAUUCCACCGCACCCAUGACUCCGAUGUCGCGGCUGGUUACUUUGCUGUCUGUCGGGAAUAUGUACCUGGCGGUGUCAAUGGGAAGCCACCCGAGAGAACCACGCCUGCGGGCGAGGUCGUUGCGGCUGAGAGCCCCAGCGUCUAUCAGACGAUGUAUCGGAGCUUGUUUGAUCGGAGACAGACACCGAGUAUUGAGCCGGCAAAGGCAAACAGCAAGAAUAUCAAGCGGGCGCGGAAUGUCUUUUACAUCGUUCUUCGGCAUGGUCAUCUGAUGCUUUAUGAUGACUUGAACCAGGUGGAAGUGCGUUAUGUCAUCUCCCUUGCUCAUCACGAUGUGACCAUUCAUGGCGGCGAGGGCGAGAUCCCAGAGGGAGAGUUGUGGCUCAAGAGGAACGCCAUCUGUCUGUCACGGCGACUGGAUUCGCUGGGCGACCUCGGUGGCCCGACCCCACCGUUCUACAUGUUUUCUGAGAAUUUGUCGGAGAAGGAGGACUUCUAUUUUGCCAUGCUGCAGAACCAGUCCAAGAUUUGGGAGUCGGCGGACAAACCACCCAAGCAGCAGGAUUUUGACGUAAAGCAUAUCGUGUCUUUGGUUCAACGGCUCCACUCAUCCGAAGAGCAGCUUCAAACACGAUGGAUCAAUGCUUUCUUUGGACGCCUCUUCUUGGCUUUGUAUCGAACACCUGAGAUGGAGGAAUUCGUACGAAGCAAGAUCACCAAGAAGAUUUCCCGCGUCAACAAACCGAACUUUAUCAGCAAGAUCGGACUUCAAAGGAUUGACAUGGGUGAGGGAGCACCAUUCAUAACAAACCCGCGAUUGAAGGAUCUGACAGUCGAUGGCAACACUUGUGUCGAGAUGGAUCUUCAAUACGCAGGGAACUUCCGGGUAGAGAUCUCAGCCACGGUGCGCAUCGAUCUGGGCCAGCGUUUCAAAGCAAGAGAGGUCGACAUUGUGCUUGCAGUGGUUCUGAAGAAACUCGAGGGCCACCUGCUAGUCCGCUUCAAGCCUCCGCCCAGCAACCGGUUUUGGAUGUCUUUCGAAACCAUGCCGAGAAUGGUCAUGGACAUCCAACCUAUUGUCAGCUCGAAACAAAUCACGUUCAGCCCUAUACUACGCACGAUCGAAAGCAAGAUCCGCGAGGUGAUGGCAGAGAGUAUUGUACUGCCGUUCUGGGAUGACAUCCCGUUCCAUGAAAGCGCCGGCCAGGCCUUCCGGGGUGGUAUCUGGCAGCGAGACGAGCCCGAUUUCGACAAUCCUUCGGCUGAAAUCCCUGACGAGUCCGAGCCAGUUCCGCCGGCACCAAAGUGUGCUCCCGUGGACUCUAUCGACGUAUUGAAAUCGAAAGAUGAUCGAACCAUGAGCAUGCCUGUUCUUCCUAAGUCCUCAAAGGCCGAUAUUAAACCGCGCAAAGCACCCAAAUCAUUCGUCUUCCCUUCGCAGUCCGACAAAUCAACGGCGUCUUCGACGAGCAUCAACAGACCGGAAAACAAGACCUUCCAUCGUGCGAUGCGUUCGCAGACCUUUUCCCAGGCAGCAGACCCCGUCGUGACUGCAGAUAAUGCCAAGGUCAACAAAGUCAUGUCUGGGAACCCGGGUGAUGAGAAGAGCAGUGCAACUAGCGCAAUGAUUGAGAUAUCAAACCGUUCCCCACCUACUACUCCGAACAGGACACCGAGCAGCUCACCACCCACUGCGGGCAUCACGAUGCCCGAGGGCGCGGCCCAGAGCGCGGUUCAUAGCCGUGAGCCCUCCAUUGCCGAGUCUCUCUAUAGUGCGAGCUUUUCUAGUGACCAUGUUAUCCAAAGCCCUUCUUCGGCUCGUCUCGAAAAUAGCACCUACUCCAGUGCCAGAAGUUCGCGAGAAAGCUCCACAACUUCGAUCAAUACCUCGAUUGCCAGUGAAAAGUCUCGACGACGGAGCACCAUUGAUACCUUGACCAGGUCUCUGACUUCGGUCGCUGCAGAUGAGAAGACUGGCAAUGUGACAAUUGGUUCGGCCACUGCUGCCGCAAAGAAAUGGAGCUGGAGUGUCUUUGGGAAAGGCGAGCCGAACGAGAACCAAGAAUCCUCCCAAAACCCAGCAGGCACACCCGACGAGCCCAUUGGGCGCGGUCAUCCUCAUCCACCACCUGGGGCUCCUCUACCGCGCCCGGAUAAAUAUGCCCUGAAAAGGAAUUCGGCAACGCUCCCUAAGCGCAAGCCUGUUGGAGCACCAGCCCCUCCUGAGCGACCGAAGACCGCCGACAAAAAUAAACGAUUUGUGCCAUCUCCACCAUUACCUCGCCGCAAGCCAGUUCCCUCAGCGGCGGACGGAGCUGGUGGCAACGCUGAUGAAUUGCUUGUGGUACAAGCACCCACCGACUCGACCCCCAAUAGCCCUGCCGGAGGAAACAUGGACACGGAAGAGGGCCCGGCGGAGGCUAUCCUACUCGAGAGUGAUAUGUCUCCAGCAGAUACAGACACUGCUAGCAUUUCUCAGUCAUUGGAAGAUGAGGCCAAACCGGAUGCUGGACAUCUGUAA